UCCUCCGUCCUCCUCGUCCCAGGGAGCGAGCCAGGCCCCAGGCCCAGGCCCCGUCUGUCUCCUCCGGGCCCGACGACGAAGAAGGCAGCGCCUGAGGGAGAAGGAGGGCCAGGCCUGGCAGGAAGGAAGGAGGAGAGAUCCCUCAAUAUGUCCAGUGCCAGCCCCUCUGGUCACAACUGGAGCCGGAAACCAAAAGCAGAGGAAGAAGAGGAAGACCCUUUUGACCGAAUGAUCGCCCGCACCGGCUGUGCCUCCUUCCACCACGCGGUGCAGGAGUGCAUGGCUGAGCAUCAGGACUGGCGGAAAUGCCAGCAGCAAGUGCAGGGCUUCAAGGACUGCAUGAGGGAAUAUCAGAAGCAGCAAGCGGAGGAGCACCAAAGGAGGCAGAAGCUGCACCAGGCCACCAGCUGAGAAGGCGGCAGCAAACGGGCAGAACAGGUGGUUCCUCUCCAGGGAAAGCCAGGGCAGGAAAGAGCUGCUCUUUAAAAACAGGCAACUGCUUCAAAGAGAGACCAGUGGAAACUGA